UUGCACUAAGAAGUUGAAUUGCUUUAUUUAGUUUGCUCUGAGCACAGAGGGCUGUCUCUUACAGUAGUCCACGGCAAAUCAUGUGGCUGAGAGGCUGUUUCAUGUGUCUGUUGAGCUGGAUGGAACCCGAAGGUCACAUGAUUCCAUGACACAUGUGUGUGUAUAUAUGUGAGGUGCCUGGGGACUCUGCUCAGACUGCUGAACUUCCCUCUUCAGAGCCACUCAUCAUUUCAGAGAAGUCACCUGCCACCAUGAUGCCUGGGGGCUUAUCUGACACCAAGCCAGCUACUCCAGAAGUUCAGCAGCUUGUUAACCAGGUGAAGCCACAGUUUGAAAGCCGGGCAAACGUGAACUGUGUUGUCUUUACAGCCAUAGUAUAUAAGACUCAAGUGGUUGCAGGAACAAUGUACUUCAUUAAGGUCCAAGUUUCUGAUGCUGAUUAUGUCCACUUAAAGGUGUUUCAGAGUCUUCCCUAUGAGAACCAAGGUCCCAGCCUUGAAAAUUUUCAGACUGGCAAAACCAGAGAUGACCCUCUGACCUACUUCUAAGACAUGAUGAUGUACAGUGCCUCACUCUGCAAAUCCUAUGGGGGCUCUGCCCUCUACAGUAAAUAAAAUAAGUUUGGAAAGC